AGUUGACCGGUAGAGAGCAGCGCAGCGCUCCAGCUGGGAGGAGUAGCCGUCGGCCGCCCCGCCCCACGCCGGCCAUGAGACUGCCUCACGCAGCAGCUCGCCUGCUGCCGCCGCUUUCCACCGCGGUCGCUCUGCGUCCGCAACGCGGGUUCGCCCAGACGCCGGGGCAGCUGGAAAACAAAACCAAGCAGAAGCUCCAAAAACAAAUCUGUCAAGUUGUUCUUGACCACUUUGAGAAGCAGUACUCGACAGAGCUAGGAGAUGCAUGGAGCACCAUCAGAGAGGUACUCACAUACCCAUCAUGCUGGCAGCACGCUGUCCUGCUAAACAAAUUCAGCCACACUGCUGACCUGGAGGACACCUUGUGUGCACAGGGAUAUCAUCCUGCCUUCAGAGGAACUUUGCCGUAUCUUCCGAGAUCACUGAAGUGUUACGUCAGUAGAACUCCUAGGAGGUUCCCUUCACAAAAACACCAGAGUGGUAAACUGAAAGAAUAUUAUCUACUCAAUGCUGCUUCUGUGUUACCAGUGCUAGCAUUGGAGGUGAAGGAUGGGGAAGACGUUUUGGAUCUCUGUGCUGCACCAGGGGGUAAAUCAGUAGUGAUCCUACAGUGUGCCCAUCCAGGUCAGUUUCACUGCAAUGAGUAUGAUGAGUUGAGAUCAAGAUGGUUGAAACAGACAAUGGAAUCCUUCAUCCCACAUCCUCUGUUUAACUUAAUAACUGUCUCAAACCUAGACGGUAGACAGAUUGGAGAACUUAAGCCUGAGUUCUAUGACAAGAUAUUGGUUGAUGCUCCUUGUUCAAAUGACAGAAGUUGGCUAUUCUCUUCUGAUAUUCAGCAAGCUACACUUAGGUUACUACAAAGGAAUGAGUUAUCUGUUCUGCAGUUCCAGCUGCUAAGGUCUGCUAUUAAAGCACUGCGUCCUGGUGGAUCACUGGUCUACUCUACGUGCACUCUCUCAAAGGAAGAGAACAGCAGUGUAAUAAAUCUCAUUCUGAACUCCUGCUCUAAUGUUAUUCCUGUAAAUAUAAGUGAAAUUGCCAAAGCUGUUUCCCAAGAAUUCACUUUUCACAGUGAUACACAACAGCAUGAACUUCUGGUUCUGCCAGAGAAAGGGAGAGCAUGGGGUCCAAUGUAUGUAGCUAAAUUACAGAAAAUGUAGUCCACGUGAUGCCUGUUAGUUUAUUCACUAAUCAAUGAAACUGUAUUUAUUUCUACUAUACUGUGUGUUUGAACACACACAUGUCCAAGUCAACUGAAUUUAGAGCUUUGCUAUUUUGUAUAUGCAACUCCCUAAUAACAUGUAAAUGAAAUGUAACCUGGUUACCUAAAAAUACAAAAUGUGUUCUCUAACAUGGGUGUGUGCUCAAAAUCAGAGCCUGGCAGUAUUUUCCAUGUGAUGCUCUUAAAUGGAUUUGUAUUCCUGAAUAGAGGCCUGUGUGGUUCUUUUUGUACUGUUUUUAAAUUACUAAUUCUGAUGAAAUACAGUAUAUUUUCCAAAAA